AUGGAAGACGUCCAAGCUACCGCACGAUGGGCGAAACGUGUUCUGCGCCCCUUGACCUCCAUCUGCCGCCGAAUCGAGAAGCACCAAGAAUCGCUGUCUACCAUCGCGACCGAGUCGAAAACAGCAGAGAAUAAAGACAUAGCGCCAUUAAACCCCGCAAACUCGGCACAAAGGGCGUAUGAUUACUUGGGAUCAGACGCCGACGCAGAUGAGAACGACCCGGCUUGGGUUCCAUGGGAAAAACAACCCGAGCGACGCCGGUCCAGGCGCAAGUAUUCGACCAGAGGAGAAGAUAAUGGCGGGAAAAGGCGCAGCGGAUUUGGAAUACAUAGCCCAGAACGCCCGCGCACUCUGCCUGGCGCCAUUGAGGUUGCCACACCACAGAUAACUGGGAAGAGAUGGGAGAUGCCCUCGAGUGCGCAGUCACAACGGUCGACCGGCCUGGAUAAUUUCUCUAGCCUUCCGCCGCCAUCACCAGCCUUUCGUGUCCGAAAUCCGCUGCGAAAGAGCCCUUGGCAAGAGCUUCUCGAUCAGUCCGGUGAUCCAAUUUUCGCCGACAUAGCCCACAAUCUUGAUCGCGUUUUCCAGAACUUCCUUUUCAAUACCCAGAAAUCAAGGCGCGAAGCGAGACCUUCAACGGAUGACUCUAGGUGCGGUGCUCGAUCUUUGAUGUCGAUGGUGGCGCGAUGCCUCCCCAAGUUUAUUGCGAAAGAACAAGAGCGACAGGACAAAUUGGACGAGGAUGGGGACGAAGAUAUGUGUGAUGCAUAUUUUACAGAAUUGGAAGCAUUUUAUGCGCCUCAUGGUACGGGAUGGAAACCGCUCCGUGAGGCUGUCCGCGCGCAGGGCAUUCAUCUGAUUGCCAAAAUGAUACAGAAUAGUUGGAUUACAGAUUCAGUUGCAUGCGCGCUUAUUGAAAAGUGUCGCUCUAUCGCACCCGAAGAAGGCGAUUAUUUACUCUCUACACUGCUUUCUGCACACAAAAGUUAUCCCUACCCCCAGGCUCUGAGACCUGCGGUUGAUCCUGACGCUUCGGGUGACCCCAUUCGAUUGUUGCGCAAAUACGCUCACCAUGGCGUUACUGGUCGCUCCUACAUCUUUAGUGAACUUGGAAAGCUGCUUUUGCGGGGAAUGUUACCACCACAAUGGAUGGGAACCAAAUUAUGGACAUCUUGGAUGAUUCGAGCAACACUUUCCUUCUCAAAAGAGGACAAGGACUGUCCCGCGGCUUCGCGGUUGAUUGAGGCUGUGAUUCUUUCAGCUAGUGAUUUACACGUCGUCACUACACCUGCGGCGUCUCAAAGUUCAACUAAAACGGUCUCGCUGAAAGGAAAGGCCUCUCGUGCUCACGCAACCCGGGCGGCAUCCACAGCAUGGGAAAGUCCACAAAGUGUUCGGCCUUGCCCUAUGCAGAUAGAAGAUGCAUUGAGCAACCACGUCAUAAGUCUCCUGGCAGCUUUGUGUGGCAUGCACAUCUCACGGUCUCGUGCCUCAGAUCAAGUUGAGUUCACGACAAAUUGUACGAAAGCGAGCCACAUCAUCGGCUAUUUACAAUUUGCUUUGCAGCGAGAUGUCGACACGAUGGCCCUCGCCCAGCGAAGCUAUAAUACCUCCUAUCAAUUACUACGGCGUGGUUGCAUAUUGCUAGCAACCAGCCUUGUACACUGUAAUGAUACACUUUUACUGAACAAACAGUACACUAUGUCGUCAACGAUCAACAUGGAUGAAUGCGCGGAUGUUAUAGCCUCUCGUCCCGAGAUCAUCAAAGAGCUAGCAUUUCUCGUGCGACAGGCGUUCCGCUGUUUGCGAGCAAGCCCAGAGGAUGGAGCUGCAGGGGAUGGACCUGACCAUACCAGCGAAGAAAUACGCCGCAUGGUCUCGCAGCUUGCUUGCAUAGCCGAUACACCAGGUUUGUCUGCCCUUUUAGGGCGCGUCGCCGCAGAGGCUGCUAUGGAGUUCGCUGAAGCUACGGGAGAUCCAGACGAACAUGUGUGGGCCGUAGAGGUACAAGAGGCCGUCGCCAACCGACAAGAUCAGAGAGAAAAGGACCGAGAAUCUUCAGAAGAACCCGUGGAAUCUAGCCAAAAGAUCACGAGCCAAAAGCACGGCUUGUUUCGCUGGGAAGAUAGUAUAGGCGAAUGGGUUGCUCCUACACCAGUGUCAAAGAGAAAGCCAAUCAUCGUACAAAGGGCUCAAAGACCCAUGCGUAUGCUACCAAGCCCAGUUCCCUGUGUUCCCUGUUCUACGGAUUGCAGCUCGCUUGGAUCUGAUUGCUCUCAAGACUCCGCCUCCAGUGUAAUUUCGUCACCUCCCUCAGUGGCGACCAAGAGAACUUUCGAAGAUAUUGAGGUCGUGCGAGUGCGACCCAGCAGACGACGCGGACCAGAUGUCGUGAUUGACAAUGAGAAAGACGACCUUCACGACUCUGCCACUAGUGUAAGCUCGUCUCCUCCGACACUGGCGACCAAGAGAAUGUUCGACGACAUUGAGGUCUCGAUCUCGCGUAUACGACCCAGCAAACGACCCAGACCCAAUCCAGUCGUCGUGAUCGACAACAAGGCAAGCAGCCGGAGAGAAAAUAGUCCCACUCCGACUAGGUUCCAUCCCACUGUGGAACCAGUUACUCGGAUCCUGCGAGAGCGCAACUCCAACUUGACCAGACGGGCCGCGCCCACGAGACAUGCGCGCAAGGUCGAAGUCGUGGUUGUCAAUAACAAGGAAAAUAGUGGAAUUCAUGAGACGCAACCCACGCCCGAGCGUGUCGAAAGACAAAUGCACCGCACAAUGGAGAGGAAGAGGCCUGUACGUACUCCAAAUUUCGCCCCGAGAUUUGUCCAGCGGCCGAGCUCCCAACGGACCAUUCCCUGCUCUCAGGAUGGCGACAGUGACGAUGAGCUUAGCUUCCUUUGA